AUGGAGCCGAGCCCCGGGCCCCUCUUCUGGAUGCUGCUAAUGUUGCAAGCUGGGUGGCUGGGUGGGCGUCUCGGCGGCUGGGCUGUGAGGAGGGGCCGACUUGACCCCUGGAGCCCCUCGGAGCCUGACUCCGUCCUCCUCCUCCUCCUCCUUCCAGGCUCCGCGGUGCUGUUGGCAGGGCCGUCCGGGCCCGGCCCCGGGCUCGGCUCCGGGUCGGUGGUGUCCGAGUCGUCGGUGAGCGGGGCGGCGGGCGCCCGGGCCGAGCUGCGGUGCCAGAGCCCGCGCAUGGUGUGGACGCAGGACCGGCUGCGCGACCGGCAGCGCGUGGUGCACUGGGACGUGGCCGGCGGCCCCGAGCGGCCGGCGCGCCGCGUCCUCGACAUGUACUCGGCGGGCGAGCAGCGCGUGUACGAGGCCCGCGACCGCGGCCGCCUGCAGCUCGCGCCCUCGGCCUUCCUGGACGGCAACUUCUCGCUGCUCAUCCGCGAGGUGCGGGAGUCGGACGCGGGGCUGUACAGCUGCAACCUGCACCACCACUACUGCCACCUGUACGAGAGCCGCGCCGUGCAGCUGGACGUCGUCGGCGACCCCGCCGCCGCCCGCGCCUUCUGGGACGGCGAGAAGGAGGUGCUGGUGGCGGCGCUCGGGGCGCCCGCGCUGCUGCACUGCGAGAACCGCGCGCCCGUGUGGACCGACCGGCACCUGGAGGAGGCGCAGCAGGUGGCGCACUGGGACCGGCAGCCGCCCGGGGUCCCGCACGACCGCGCCGACCGCCUGCUCGACCUGUACGCGUCGGGCGAGCGCCGCGCCUACGGGCCCCGCGUCCUGCGCGACCGCGUGGCGGUGCCGGCCGACGCCUUCGCGCGCGGCGACUUCUCGCUCCGCAUCGACCCGCUGCAGCCGGCCGACGAGGGCACCUACUCGUGCCACCUGCACCACCACUACUGCGGCCUGCACGAGCGCCGCGUCUUCCACCUGCGGGUCACCGCGCCCCCGCCGCCGCCGCCGCCCUCGCCGCCGCGAGGCUCCCCCGGCAACGGCUCCGGCCCAGGCCCAGACCCCACGCAGGAGCGCGGCCGCAGCGUCAUCAACGUCAUCGUGCCCGAGGGCCGCGCGCACUUCUUCCAGCACCUGGGCUACGUGCUGGCCACGCUGCUGCUCUUCAUCCUGCUGCUCAUCACCGUGAUCCUCGCCGCGCGCCAGCGCCGCUGCAAAGACGCACGCCCGCCCCAGCCCCAGCCCCAGCAUGCGCGCGGGUCCCCACUCGCGCCUCCCCUGCCGGCUUACGAGCCCUCGGAGGAGAAGCCCGGGACCUGGAAGGGGACGGACCUGAGUAUGGCUGAGUGGCCGAGAAGCCCCGGGAACCAGGCGCCACGCAGGAGCGAGGACAUCCCACUAGAUUACAAGAACAACAUUCUGAAGGAGAGGGCCGGGCUGGCCCUCAGCCCCCUGCCCGCCAAGAACGUGGAUUUAGACAAAGAACUCAGAAAGGAGUAUUGCAAAUGAGCUGCCCUCCCUCCCGCCUGUGCCUCGGACCUCCUCCUGUCCCUGCCCCUCGCCAGCGGCUGGUCCGCUGCCCUUCACUCCACUCGGCCUGGCCGCCCACGGAGCCCUGCAUACCGUGAGAAUGGGCCCUCGGGAACAGACAUCCACAGCCUGGCACGGGAAGGAGCCCCUGGCCUGCCCUUCUCCGCUUCCCACCUCAUCAAGGCUCCUGUCCAGCGACCUGCCGGGACCCUCGCUAGGCCCCCGUGACUUCUCACCCACCCUGCAACUCCCUCUCCCCUCUUCUGGGUCGGGCCCCUGGUGGCUUCCGCCCGGAUGAGGAAAGUUCUAGACUCUGGACAGCUGGUGGGGUACUGCAGCCCUUGCCCUGGAAUUUCCCUUUUGAGUAAAGAUCAUCUGGUUUUCUGUAUCCGAA